UAUAAAAUUGACAAGGAAAGGGACAGUGAAGUUUGCUUUCGAGUUUGAGUGUUCUCUUUUGGUUAACGUGUCGUCCUACCACACUCCAUUCCAAUUUCCAUACCUUUCUUGUUCACCUCUGCUUCCUUUCUCUCAACUCCAACUCCCAUACCGCAUACAAAGAAUUCAGGUUAAUUAGAUAUGUCUUGUCCCUCUCUCUUUCAUUACUACUAUUCCUUGUCUUCUGGUUACUCUUAUUCUGUAGAAAAAGAAGAAGAAGAAGAAGAAUGCAGAGUUAGUAUAAUUGCUGAGCCUCAUGCUCAUGGCUGCCUCAACCAGCUCCUUCCUGUCUACAAUCCUAGAACUACUACUAUUCGGAGGAGGAGAAGAAAGUAUGGGAUUGGUGUGGUCUCUGCCAGUGCUAGUAGUAGUAGCAGUAGUAGUAGUAAUGGGGGCUUGGAGCCAUUCACAGAACGAGCAAUUAAGGCCAUUAUGUAUUCCCAAAGAGAAGCAAAAGCACUUGGGAGAGAGAUGGUAUUUACACAGCAUCUCUUGCUGGGUUUAAUUGCUGAGGAUGAGGAGCACCACCUUCACCUUCAACAUCAUUAUCAUUAUCAUUAUGAGCAACAAGGCUUUCUUGGAUCGAACAUCACCCUCCACAUGGCACGCGAUGCUGUUCGCAACAUUUGGCAUCAUCCUCAUCCUACUGCUUCUAAUAGUUCUAGUGCGGCUCUCCCCUUUUCCAUUAGUACAAAGCGCGUGUUUGAGGCUGCGCUUCACUAUUCCCGAACCAUGGCUCACCAUUUCAUCGCCCCUGAGCACAUCUCCAUUGCCCUCUUUACUGUUGAUGAUGGCAGUGCCACUCGACUCCUCUACAGAUUAGGGGCAAAUGUCAAUCAGUUGGCGGCUGUGGCAAUCUUCAGACUUCAGGAGGAGCUUGCCAAAGAUGGUAGAAAUCCAUCUGUGGAAUCUCAAUGGAUGCGUGGAAAAUCCAUUUUAAGAAAAGCAGCAAUUAUGAGAUCCCCUGAAAAGCCAAGAGAAAAAACUGCAUUAGCACAGUUUUGUGUGGAUCUUACUGCCCGUGCAAGUGGAGGGCUCAUAGAUCCUGUUGUUGGCCGAGAAAACGAACUUCAAAGAAUCAUUCAGAUACUUUGCUGCAGAACCAAAAAUAACCCCAUUCUUCUUGGUGAAAUUGGUGUUGGAAAAACAGCCAUUGCUGAAGGAUUGGCAUUAAACAUUGCAGAGGCAAAUGUUCCUAUUUUUCUCUUGAAAAAACGUAUAAUGUCUUUGGACAUAGCACUAUUAAUGGCUGGGGCAAAGGAGAGGGGAGAAUUAGAGGCACGUGUUACGAAAUUAGUUGAGGAAGUACUGAAAGCAGGUGAUGUCAUUCUUUUUAUUGAUGAAGUUCAUAUACUUGUUGGACGAGGAAAUAGGGGUUCUGGUCUUGACAUUGCUGAUCUACUGAAACCUUCACUUGGGAGGGGUCAAUUACAGUGCAUUGCAUCUACAACUAUAGAUGAAUACAGGAUGCAUUUUGAGAAGGAUAAAGCAUUAGCAAGAAGAUUCCAGCCUGUGUGGAUUAAUGAGCCUAGCCAGGAUGAUGCAGUUAGAAUAUUGUUGGGUCUACGUGAGAAAUAUGAGGCGCAUCACAACUGCAGAUUUACACUAGAAGCCAUAAAUGCAGCUGUGUAUCUGUCAGCCAAAUAUAUAUCUGAUAGGUAUCUUCCUGAUAAAGCUAUUGACCUCAUUGAUGAGGCUGGGAGUAGAGCUCGUAUUGAAGCCUUCAAGAGGAAGAGAAAACAGCAAACACGUAUACUUUCAAAGUCACCAGAUGAGUAUUGGCAAGAAAUUAGAACUGUUCAGGCUAUGCAUGAACUGGUCCUGGCAAGUAAGCAAUAUGAAGGUGAUUAUAGCUUGGAUGAUACCAUUGAUCUUGUUUCAAAAUUCUCUUUGCCUUCCACAUCAGAUGCCAAUGAACCUUCAAUAGUAGGACCGGAUGAUAUAGCAGCAGUUGCUUCACUUUGGUCAGGGAUUCAGGUUCAGCAGCUUACUGAUAAUGAAAGAAUGCUUUUACUGGGUCUUGAUGAGCAACUUAGGAGACGAGUUGUUGGUCAAGAUGAGGCUGUUUUCGCUCUUUCCCGAGCUGUUAAGAGGUUCUGGGCUGGCUUGAAAGACCCCAAAAGACCAAUUGCUGUAAUUCUCUUUUGUGGCCCAACUGGGGUUGGCAAAACUGAAUUAACAAAAGCUUUUGCAGCAUCCUAUUUUGGAUCGGAGCAGGCCAUGAUAAGAUUGGACAUGAGUGAAUAUAUGGAGCGGCAUUCAGUGAGCAAAUUAAUAGGUUCCCCCCCAGGUUAUGUUGGCUUUGGAGAGGGUGGCACUCUAACUGAAGCUAUUAGAAGACGGCCGUUCACAGUGAUAUUGCUUGAUGAAAUAGAGAAAGCCCAUCCAGCUAUAUUCAACAUCCUCCUCCAAUUAUUUGAAGAUGGCCACCUUACUGAUUCCCAGGGAAGAAGAGUAUCUUUUAAGAAUGCAAUAGUGGUGAUGACUUCAAAUGUAGGUUCUACUGCCAUCUCUAUGGGUAGAAAGAGCUCUAUGGCUUUCUUCACUGCUGAUGAUAAGUCAACUUCAUAUUCUGGGAUGAAAGGAAUAGUAAUGAAAGAACUCAAGACAUAUUUUCGUCCAGAGUUGCUCAACAGGAUAGAUGAAGUAGUUGUGUUUCGUCCCCUUGAAAAGGCUCAGAUGGUGGAGAUUUAUAAUGUAAUGUUGGAAGAGGUGAAGCACCGGCUCAUAUCUCAAGGGAUUUGUUUAGAGGUAUCUGAAUCAGUGAAGAAUCUGGUGUGUCAGCGAGGGUAUGACAAGAUUUCUGGUGCCCGAACUCUGAGGAGAGCAAUAAGUCUAAUAAUUGAGGAUGUCUUGAGUGAAGCAAUCCUUUAUGGAGAUUACAGCCCUGGUGACACUGCACUCAUUGAUUUGGAUGCUGCUGGAAAUCCCUUUGUGACUCACCAUGUUUCUGAUUCGGCACCCAUGUUGUAACUUGUAAUUCUAAUUAAUUUUUAAUUUCUUCAUCUAAUCUUAUAGGCAUACACAUAUGUCCAAUUGUUGUUUUUAGUUUAAUUAGAUCACAUUUAUUCAAGUGUAAAUAACUAAAAUUAUCAGUAUCUAAGAAAAAUGAGGGUUUGAUUU